AUGUCUAUCACUAGCGAACAGCAUCCUGCCGGCUCACGAUUGUCAAUACCACCGCUCACCGCGGAAGAAGAAGAUGCUGUAAUACACACAAGGAUUGUUAACGAUGAAAAGAACUUGCGGCGCGUGCUCAAGCGUUUCUACACCUACGUUUCACUCGCCCAUGCGCCCUCCGCGCCGCUCCCUGGGCCGUCCGCUACGGUCGAAGAUGCGCGAGAAGCGUUCCUCAUGGAGUUAGCGUCUUUUCAGCUGUCGCUGAAGAAGAGUAGUAUGAUUUGUGAAGCUGAAGCUAGGGAUGUGGAGGAGUACCGACAAGAGAAGCAGCGAAUAGAGGAAGAACAUACCAACUUGAGAGUGCACAUCGAACAGCUGAAGACAUCAUUAGAAGAAGCCCAGCAGUUGCGCCGACAGAAGAUAGAGUAUGACCAGAUCGCUGAGAAAAUAAAUAAACUACAGACCCGGGAGCAACUCGAAGAGUCCAUACAGGCCCUCGAGAAUGAGAUGACCGAGAUCCAAGCCGAGCAUGACACCCAGACACGCCUUGUGCAAGCGCAGAAAACAUCUCUAGCUACCGUAAUUGCCGACCUGAACGCCCUACGCUUGAUGGGCAAGGAGUCCGACGCGUCGAGGCUGGCGUCACCGGCUCCAGGCUCUGCAGACGACGCGGCGAUGGAGGCCACUAAUUCCGAUGACCCGAUGACCGGCAAGCCGGAGAGGGAGGAAGGAGAAGAGGGCGAAGCGUCCAUGGGAGGCUCGAUUAUCAAAGAGCUCAAUCCCUCCGCUGCGCCUUUCACUCCGUCUGGGUCUAGCGGGCAGCUGGGCAAUCCAACGCCAAGAACACCUGGGAAGGCCGUCGCGACCCCGUCGUACGUAGGGUCGCCCGCGAAUCUGGAAGAUGACAUUGAGAUGGGCGAAGUUUCCGAGGGGCCUAAGGAUGGCAAGGGGAAGCGGAAAGUGCGAGAAGAGCUGGAAGAAGGGGAGGCUAGUGAUCUGAGUAGUGAGUUGUCGGAGUUACCAGAUGACUGAUAUAUCAUUUUGUGUGUUGUCAAACUGAACUCAUGAGAUGUACCAAUAUGUUCAUUGAGACCCUUGGGCAGAACAAUGUCUCUUGGCCAUGCAUCUUCGCUCACAGGAGUCUAUGUCGAAUCAUCAAG